UUGAGAAUAGAUAUUUUAUACGAGAAUCCGAAUCCGUCGCAAUUAUUUUUUCCUGUAUCAUAUUUUCUCCCAAAUUUUGAGUGUAAGAAUUUAGCUUCAAAAUUACAAAAGUAUAAUAACUUGAAAGCCGAAAACUCAUACACGAUAUGCUGCUUAACAAAUUGAAUAAUGUCGGACGCCAAUUGGUGAAGCCGGUUCUCCGAGCACAAUAUCAAGCCUGUCCGAUUAGUACUAGUGUAACCAAUCGAGAAAUAUUCCAGGUACAAAGUGCUGAAGACUUCGACAAAAAAGUAAAAAACAGCGAUAAGCCGGUUAUUGUGGAUUUUUUCGCAACAUGGUGCAAUCCAUGUAAAAUGCUUACGCCACGCAUUGAAACAGUGGUAGGUGAAAAGGCAGGAGCUAUUAAGUUGGCUAAAGUCGACAUUGAUGAGCACAGUGACUUAGCGCUCGAUUACGAUGUUGGUGCUGUACCAGUCCUAUUAGUAAUGAAGGAAGGCAAAGUUGUAAAUCGAAUGGUCGGCUUACAGGACACGGACAAAAUUCGCGCCUGGAUUGAUAAAGCUGUUGAGGAAGCAAAGUAAUUCGAAUGAAAAUGAACAAAAAAUUAUGCAGGAGAUUCGAAAAUCUAGUUAUAAUUUCAGCGUUUGCAUCAAAAAGAAAGCUUUAAAAUUUGUUAAACAAAUAUUAUCCAAAUCGGUUAAAAAAAUUAAUAUAGCUAAAUGAAAAAUAAACAUAUUCUGAAAUGUUUGUAUUAAA